AUGGCAUCAAAUCAAAUCAAACAGUCGAUCAAAGACAUUAUUCCAUCUUAUUCUGGUGAAAACUUGAACAAGUUAUCAACCUACAUUGACUCAUUAUACAAUCUAAGCUUACGGAAAAGUAGCACUUUGCCCAACAAUGCUGAAAUUGGUCGUUACCACUUGUGUACUUACGUGAUUGCUGAAAAAUUUCAAACCAUCUUCAAACUACCCCCGCCUGAUGUAACACGAAUACCUAUAAAGCCUCAGGUUGUCUCUCGGUUAUUAACAGACUUUCGUGAAUUGGUCAAUCAAAUGUCUGCAGCGAGUACGCCAACAUCCAGUCCAAAGAAACGUACUUCAAGUCCUUUGAAAAUUUCGACACCAAAUAAGCUGGAUAUGAAACAGUCUGGAUCUCCAUUGAAGAAGUUGAAAGCUGCGGCUGUUGCAGAAGACAGCAGUGCUAAUUUCGAACAGAAGAGCCCCGUAAAUAAGGAGAGUAAAUCCCCAUUUGUGAGCAAAGCUGGCACAUCUAAAAGGAAGACUUACAAAUACGACUUCAAAGUUGUACUGAUUAGUGACUUCAUUACAUUUUGCAAUACUUUUUACAUUCCUAGCAAAUACACCAUACGGAUGUUGUCUACUUUUUAUUUGCACAAGCAUAAGUUUGCAAAGAAAACAGAUUGGUCAUUAGCAUGUGGAAUCGUUUACACAGCCUAUACUCGAAUAAAUCAUAAAUUACUACACGAAAAGGUGGGAGCAAAAUCUGAAUUUAUGAAUUUGCUUUUACAAUAUCAAAAAGGUGCAUUGCUGAAGGCGUCCCUACAAUCAUGGUGUACCUUGGUCGAAGAGUGGAUUAGAGAGGAGUCGUGGGUACAAGACAUAGAAAAACAGUACAUGUAUGGCAGUGAGGCUUUGAUGGAAAACACUUUGAACAAAGAGUAUAUAGGCAUGAUAGGCGAAGGCUGGGACUUGAUGGAACGGUUUGGCACUAUGCUUCACGGAGAGGUGUUGUAUCAAUCUGACACUCAAAAUGAAUACUUUACCACCUGGUCGAGGAGGUUAAUAGGAGAUUUAUAG